UCGACAAUGUGCGUAACCAUCUGCGCUGAGCAAAAUACCCUGCUGGUGUUGAUCAUGGUGUCACUGACGUGGAUGUUUCUUCACUAUGCGUAAAUGAAAGUGAUUUUGAGUACUUAGGUGAAUCACGAGCGGUGCAAAUUAUCUCUAGGAAUUAUCAGGACCCAGUGUAGAGAACACAAUGUUGCAAGAACCGGCAGAAGGGACUUCAGGACCAAGCGCGGUCGUCCUGGCUUGGAGAAGACUUCAACAGAUGUACCAGAAGAAACUGGAUGAUGUUACUCCCUACACAAACGCCAGAUGGAUUUUCGCAAUCAUCCUAAUUCUCCUUUUCCUUGCUAGAGUUUUUUGGUUGCAGGGAUGGUACAUUGUGACCUAUGCACUGGGAAUUUACCACCUCAACCUCUUCAUAGCAUUCUUAUCACCAAAAAUAGAUCCAGCUUUAUCAGAAUUUGAUGAUGACGGUCCUGAGCUGCCAACAAGUAAUAACGAGGAGUUCAGACCUUUCAUCCGGCGGCUGCCCGAGUUCAAAUUCUGGUACUCGGUGAGCAAGUCCACCCUGAUUGCUAUGGUGUGCACCAUGUUCGACUGCUUCAACAUCCCAGUGUUCUGGCCAAUCCUUGUCAUGUACUUCAUCACUUUGUUCUGCAUCACGAUGAAGAAACAGAUCAAGCACAUGAUUCGGUAUCGAUACCUUCCGUUCACACACAGCAAACCUCGCUACCAAACUCACCAGGAUGCGGCCAAGCCAGAAGCUGCUCCUUUGGUUGCUGAAAUUUGAGAGCCGGUGUUUUGAGCUGGACACACCAUCCUCCGCAUUUCUCUAGCCCAUCCACUUAAAUUCCUUAUUUUGUCAAGCAACUGUUAAGUAUUAUCUUUAUCUCCUGGGAACAUUAACAAAAUCGGGACUCAAAGUGCACCUAGUUAAUUUGAUCAACAAUAAGCUCACUGAAUCGAGCGUUUAACAAGACAAAGUGCGUGUAAGUCCAUGUGUGAAUUGAAGUUCAUUGAUUGUGUAUGAUUACUGUUAUAUGUAUCUGAUAUUUUAGUCGAGGAACUGCGUCAAUUUGUGAAUAAUUGUUAUGUUCCAUGAUAAUGAUAAUAAGAGAGGAUACAAUAAAAAGAAAGUUUGCACUA